ACAAAUGGUAAAUAUAUGCAUUUAACUGAAAUAAAUGAGGAUCUUAUAAUGACAGAAAAUUUACUUGAAGGGCGCAAGCAACUGGAGAACAGUUCUGCUAAUUUAAAAGUAGAACAAAACAAUAAUCAGACUGAAAAUUUGCAGGAAUUACUACCCGAUGUCAAACAAAGCAAGGAAGAUAAAAUUCGCAUGGAGACGGAAGCUAUCAGCCAGACUGCCACAUCUGAUAAUCAAGAACAUAAAAUAACACAAUUUGUUCUGCAAUUACUUGGUGAUCUCAAAGGCCAAGAGGAACUUCAUUUAAGCGAAGUAAAAGAGCUUCGUAAGGAGCUGGAAGAAAAGGAUAACAUAUGCAAUCAGUUAAAACUUGAGAUAUCCCAAGUUCGAGAAAACCCAACAUUUUAUGAUCUUAAAAGUCACGAAGAACGUCAUUCACGAGAAGUAAAAGAUCUUCACACACAGCUGAAAUUAAAUGAUAAUGUAAAUCGGAAGUUAACAAAUGAAGUUUUCACUGUGCGGAAAAAUUUUAUUCAAAUGCGCAAGCAAUUGCUUAACGACCUCAAAAGUAGAGAAGAAUGUCAUUUACGAUACGUAAACGAGCUUCGUGAAGAGUUAAAAGCAAAAGAAAAUAAUCUUAAAGAUCAAGAAGAACGCCAUUCACGAGAAGUAAACAAACUUCGUGAGGAGGUGGAUGUAAGAGAUAACACAUGCCAUGAGUUAGAACUGGAAGUAUCCCAAGUCCGACAAAAUCCGGAAUUUAUUUUAAUGCGACAGCAAUUGCUUGACGAUCUUAAAGGUCAAGAGGAGCUUCAUUUACGAGAAGUAAAAGAGCUUCGCAAAGAGCUAGAGGCAAAGGAUAAUAUAUGCUAUCAAUUGGAGAUUAAGAUAUCCCAAGUACGGGAAAAUCCUGAAUUUCUUCAAAUGCGACAGCAAUUACUUGAUGAACUUAAAGGCCAAGAAGAACUUCAUUUGCUCGAAGUAAAUGAGCUUCACAAGGAGCUGGAGGAAAAGGAUAAAAUAUGUCACCAACUAGAGAAUGAAAUGUUCGGACAGGAAAAUGCUGAUUUUAUUCAUAUGCGACAACAAUUAAUGGAUAAUCUCAAAGAUCAAGAAGAACGUCAUUUACGAGAAAUAAGUGACCUUCGGAAGGUGCAGGAGGACAAAGAUAAAUUAUGUUUGGAGAAAGAUCAGGAAGCAGCUCAACUCCGAGAUCGUCUUAAUUUUAGCGAGUCUUGCCCAAUAUGUAUGGAUCCUUGGAAUUCUUCGGAACAUCGCAUGGUUGCGUUGUUGUGUGGUCACAUUUUCGGCGAGUCAUGUGUACGAGAAUGCCUGGAAAGAAAUCCGAAUUGUCCAACGUGUCGAGCUCAAGCCUCUGCAAAUGAUAUACGUAAGCUAUUUACUCGUUCUUAACAACUGGUUCAAUUAUAUGGAUAUUAAAAAUUUGCCACGAGCGAAUUUUUAUGUAAAUAUCCAGUAUCCAAGUAUAAAUCAAACCAAAAAAGUUAAAUGCUGAAUAAAAUAAAAU